AUCUGUUCCUUCUUUUGGAAUUUGGAUAGGGUCUUCUGCCCUCUCUGUGCUCAGAAGCUCCUGGUCAUGGCGUCCUCCUCAAUCACUUCGAAUUUUCAUACCAGCAAUCUGAGAUCUGUGUUUUGGGGCGAGAGUAGCAGAAUCUGUGUAUCUCUCACUCCAGUUCCUCGUGUGAAUUUCCCGAGGUGGAGUAUCGAAUGUAAGGAGUCAAGAAUCGGUAAGCUGCCGAUUCAAGUUCCAGUGAAUGUGACCAUCACAUUGGAAUCCCAGGAACUGAAGGUCAAGGGACCUUUGGGCGAACUCUCUAGGGUUUACCCCUCUGAAGUCAAGCUUGAGAGGCAAGAGGAUGGAACCAUUCGUGUUAAGAAGGCGACGGAGACCAGAAGGGCCAACCAAAUGCAUGGGCUUUAUAGAGGACACUUACCGACAACAUGUUGGUGGGAGUAUCGAAGGGGUUCGAGAAGAGGCUUCAGUUAGUCGGUGUUGGUUAUCGUGGAACAGUUGAAGGAAACGACUUGGUUUUAAGUCUGGGGUUUUCUCAUCCAGUCAGGAUGAAAAUUCCGGAUAACUUGAAGGUGAAGGUCGAAGAGAACACCAGAAUCAUAAUCAGUGGGUAUGACAAGUGUGACAUUGGCCUGUUUGCUGCUUCGAUUAGGCGAUGGAGGCCCCCCGAGCCGUACAAAGGUAAGGGUGUGAGGUAUGCGAAUGAGGUUGUGAGAUUGAAGGAAGGAAAAGCAGGGAAGAAGAAGUAAAUGAUUGUUUUCAUCGUUUGUUUUUGGUGUUUUUGUACUUGUAUUUGUGUUAGUGUUUCACCAACAGUAUGAUUGAGAACAUUGCGAGUAUGAUCUGCCUAAUUGAGCUUACUCUUGCUCUACUGAUACAUGGGAUCGAAUCUCAAUAGCCAGCGUGGUGAUGUAUACAUCAUUCUUUUGGAUUUCAUAAAGGAGCACAAAAAACUGUUAACAAA